AUGAGUAUUAAAAAAGUAGAAGAAAUUAUUACAGAACAAAGUAGUAAUGAAUAUUUAAGUCACUAUGAUACUAAUUUGUAUUCUACUCUUCAUGUAGUAAUAAGUCCAAACGGUCAGCAAGUCACCACUUUUAACACAAUUACUCUUGAGUUAAAUAUGGGCAAAUCACUAGCAAUUUCUAAUCCAAUUGAUCAAGUAGAUAAUGAAGAUAUGCAUGCUAAAACAUUAAUAGCUCUUAGCUGUUUCGAUGAAAAAGAUAUGAUGUUAAGAAAAUUAUUAUCGCUAAUUGCUUCUUUAACAUAUCAACAUCAAUUAAGAACAUCAAGUGGAAAAGAUGGGAAAAUAGAGUUUCACCAUUCAUCAUAUGAACGUAAAGUAAGGAUAUAUACAGAAGUUGAUGAAUUUGGUGGAUUAGUUAGAUUUUUAGAUGAUGAUCCAUUGGAUCCAUAUACGGCCACAAUACUUGUUCAAGCUGAACUUAAAAAACUCUAUCAAAACACUCUAUGUUUAGAAUUAUUAAGUAGGAGUAUAGAAAACGAUUAUUUCAUAAUUGAAAAUUAUAAAGAUAAAAUGCAGGUGGUAGAAAUGUAUAACAUGAGAACUAAUCAAUUAGAAAUGGUAUUUCAUCAAAGAGCAGAAUCUGUAGCAACUUUAUUUGGUCAUAGUAGUUCCGCUGUAGCCAUUUCAAGACAUAAAACAUUAUUAGCUUACUGUCGUGAUAAUGCUAUUAAGGUAUUACGAGAUAUUAAAAAAUUAUUUCCAUUUCAACAAUAUAGAUUAGUAAGAAAUUGUGGAACUAUUUUAUUAAUUGAUAAUUCAGAUGGAAGUGUUAUACCUAUAUUAAAUGAUUCUUUUAUUAAAAAUAUACUUGUUCCAUCUUUUAUAUCGAAGAGAGAAUUGAUAGAACUUCGUUUACAAUAUCUUCAUAAUUCUGAAGAAUAUUUUGAUGCUGACUCUGAAUUAGAAAAAAGUUCUAUUAUAGUAAACAAUAUGGAACUUUGGGUACAUAAUAAAAAUUAUGGUCAUAUUUCUGCUUUUCUGGAUAAUGAAAAAAUAACUCAAUUAUUCAUCAGGAAAACGACCUUACAAGUAUGGUAUAGAAAAAAUAAGAGGUCAAAGAAAAGACUUAAAUAUAUUUGGGUUAUUCUAAUGAAAGAUAUAUUAAUAAUUAAAUCAUUAGAAAUAGGAAAACGUGAAUUUAAAGUUACACUAUCUUCACAGUCAACUCAAUCUUAUCAGAGAAAUACUAUUAACGAUGCUUGUUCUGCUUUCCGUUAUUUAUAUGAGAAGAGAGAUAAUCCUACUGCUAGUCUUGUAUAUAGUCGUCAUAUAAACCUAGUGCAGCAAAUCCUAAAUACAAAAGAUUCAGAUUUUUCAAUACGUUAUCUUCAUACUUCAUGUCUUUACGAAUGGCCAAAAAAACCAAAAAAAAGUGAUUUGGAAACUGCGAUAAAAUGUAGUGAAGGAAGACAGAGAGAUGUCGUGAUGAUUGGUUUCUUUUUGGAUUACUAUUCUGAUAAUGCAAUAGAUAAUACUAGUUGGAUGUUCACCGUCUUUCGUGCUAUUCCCUUAUUAUUUGAGAAUCGUUUAG